CAGUGUCUACAAAUUUCCGCACGGUGCGGCGCACGUAUUGAUAGUGUCUGGUGGUGGACGUACGUAUGCUUAACAAUUUCCAGCUAAUACUUAUUACUUUACUGGAACUCUAUUUUCAACUCCUUCUUCUUUUUUCAUCAGUCGCGACACUUGUGACAUCUGGGGCCCUACCGCGAAAAUAUAAGUUCGCAAAUUGUGGGCAUCUUUCCCCGUCACUCUAAUUACGCCUUCAUUGGAGUAAAAGGGUAAGAUGGGCGAAAUUUGUGAAUUUCGAAGAAAACUGAUGUAUGGAGUUAGAAUCUUUACUCACGUAGUGAUUAUAUGCUCUUUGUCUUUACUUAUAUGUAUUAUAUUUCUCUAAUUCGCAAAGUACUGGGGGCCUACCGCGAAAACAGAAAUUCCCAAAUUGCGGGGAUCUUUCUCUUUUACUCUCACUAAAACGUAAUUAGAGUGACAGAGAAAAAUGCCCGCAAUUGACGAAUUUCGAUUUUCCCGGUAGCCGCCCUGGUUCCGUGUGCAAGAACUUCUCGUGUUUGAAAUAUCCGGUCGUUUCUGAACGUACCUUUGUGUUUUUACAUCGUACAUCACUACGCUUGGCUCUUGGCUAGCUUUAGCUGUCACUGUUGGAGUCGAGAUUAAAAUUUUAAUGGUUUUAUUUUAUAGAUUUUUAUAAUUUAUACCCAAAAUAAUUAAUAUAAACUGACCAAAGACCUUAUUUAAAAGUGUGUGAUCUUCGCCCGUUAAGAUACAGGCAUCCGUAUCUCCGAUUUAAAUGUAAAUUCUACUUUGAAAGGCACAAUGGAAGUUACCCAACCGGAGUGUAAUGUUACAUUCAAUUUCCCUUAGAAGAAACACUGCAACAUCAUGAACUGCAGUGAUGAAACUGCUACCAAGACUGAUUACUAAUAAAACAAUGUGCUUAUAAAUAAAACACAAAAGGCAGCUAAUUUAAUGGUAAAUCUUCUACAAUGGCAGAAUAUGUCUGCGAUUACUGCACCCGCACAUUCACCAGAAAGUACAAUCUCGAAACACAUAUAGAGAACUGCCACAUCAACUCCACAUGCUACUGCGAGAUAUGCGACACCAGGUUCGGAAGCCCGGCCGGCCUCCAGCUCCAUCUCAGCCGAGGGCACAACCGAUUCAUGCAACCUUACCCCGAGUGUGACAUCUGCGGACGAAUCUUCACUAGAAAACAAAAUGUAGUCUCACACAUGGUCACCGUUCACCUCCAAGGCGUCGGGCCUCAGAUACAGUGCCCCACUUGUGGCAAGACAUUUACAACGGAAAGGAACCUGAAGAGACAUGUAAACCAACUACAUAACCCUGAUGUUCAAUACCCAACCUGUGACUACUGCAAAAGGUCCUUUAAAGGCAAACACUCCCUAUUAGCUCAUAUACAGGCAACUCAUAACAUUUUAAAAGGAAUUAUCAAAUGCCAUCUAUGUGAAAAAGUAUACACAAAUAACAGGAAUCUGAAGCGACAUAUAGAAAUGUAUCAUGGGGAAAAAGGAGAGUUCAGAUGUACGCUGUGCCCUAAAGUUUAUACAUCGAAUCAAAGCUUGCGUCGGCACGCCCGAACCAGACAUAAUACGGACCAAGAAUAUAAAACAGACCUUAAUAUGGAACAGGAUACUACAGAUUAUUAUAAUUAUGACUUUAAGGUGCAGCUUCAAGAAAUCAAUUGCGAAUAUUGUGAACAGUAUUUUGAUGACGAACCUACUUUACGCCGGCAUGUCAAAUCCGAUCAUACUUUUAAGAUGUUCUAUGAGUACUGCAGAAAUUCCUUGCUAAAACAGAUGGGGAAGAGUGAGAAAGAAAGCUUUUAUAAUUGCGAGAAUUGCAACAGUGUGUUUAACUCUGUCUACGAACUUAAAGACCACAUGAGAACCAGUCACGAUAGAGAAUAUUCACUGUCAACCUGUAAUGUUUGCUUCUCCAAGUUUUACAGCAAAGAAACCAUGUUUGAGCAUAAAAAGAUUUGCCUUCCACCGCCAAAUGUAAACCACUGCAACUAUUGCGACAAAUUAUUUACAGACAUCUCAAGUCUAGAGUUUCAUAUUAGGAUUUUCCAUCCCCAAGCCCAAAUAGCUGACAAUGAUGUGUCUUCAACUAACCCGGAAGAGUCUGAGGCUGGUUUUAAAUGUCCUCACUGCGAUAGGAUGUAUUACAGUGAUCGCUCUUUAAAGCACCAUAUAAAACUCAAACACACCACCGAUGAAGCUGUAGGUUGCGGUUUAUGUGGGAAAAUCUGUAAUAACAAAUAUUAUCUAGCAUCUCACAUCAAAAUUGUACACAACAACGACUCCUGGUCGAAGUGUGACUAUUGUGAGAAACAAUUUAAAUCUAAAAGGAAUAUUCGUCGUCACAUUGAGUAUACACAUUUAGGCAUGCAGCGCUAUAAAUGUAUCGAAUGUGAGACACUUUUUAAAGAGAAACGGAGCCUCAGAAAGCAUGUCCGGACUAAACAUCCCAACUCAACAGUAUUCCCGCAGUGUCAUAUCUGUUACAAGCGCUUCGAAUCUGCAAAGUCCUGUAAGAUUCAUCUCAAACUACUCCAUUCCUUCAACAUGAACACAUACCCCUGCGAUCGCUGCUCUGUAUCCUUCAGCUCCAAUGAAGCAUUAUCAAUACAUCUUCAAACGAAACACUUAGCUAAAGACCAGAUCUUCAAAUGCGAACCAUGCAACCUAGUUUUCACGGGACAGGACAAAUUCGAACAACAUAACGAAAUAUUUCACGUAAUACCAAACGUAACACAAAAGAUUCUACCCUGCUGCAUAUUAUGUAUGAAGGAUUUCAGUACGCGAAAAACGUUAAAGCGUCAUAUCAAGAAAUUCCAUAAUGAUUUCGACGCAGAAGAACUAGCGACAUAUGGGUCUAAGAAACGCAUGUUUAAUAUAGAAUGCGAGGAAUGUAUUCAGAAUUUCAACAACGAUUUUUACUUAGAUAUAUAUCAGAAGUGGAAACAUUUGAAAGAUUCUAUUGUUUUUAAGUGUGAGAGCUGUUCAUCUUCUUAUAACUGCUUGGAAUAUUCCAUACAAAGGCAUAAGACGACCAAUAUGGAAGCAUGUAAGAGCAAGAUGAUAUUAAGUGAGUUGUGUACUGCGGAGAUGAGCGAUGAGGCUUCUAAUAGUGGUUGGGUGGAGUCGGUGGAAGCGGAGAGCACUACAGGAGAUAUAAAUGUGAAGGAAGAGCCUAUGGAGGUGGAAGAUAUUGUCAAGACUGAACCUAUGUCGCCAUGAAUAUAAAAUUGAUUAUAAUCAGGGCAAACGCAACUGUAUAUAGUAGAAUAGAGUUAACUUUUACAAAACAACUGUACUGACUGUAUCUCAGAAACCUAUUUAAGGCAAUAAUUAGUAUUAUAAUUAUAAAAAUUAAGAAUUUAGAAUCUAUUUAAGAUCAUACAUAUUUUUAUUUACAUUUCGUAUUUUUAAAUUAAUAUACUUAUUCUCACUUUUAUCUUACAAUCAGAGACGAGUUAAAAAAAAGAUUUGUCAUUUGUAAAGUCUACACAAAUGGGGCAUUUUAUCCAGCUCUAAGUUCAAUAAAGGUUUUUUUUUCAAUGGAUAAGAGCUUUUAAUACCUUCCUUAAUUUAGUAACUGUCGAGCAAUACGUAGAAGUGGCGUCUCUUUUGUGCAGAGAUUGUAAGUCUUUAUUAUUUACUUGUCUUUGUGCGUGUAGUAUUUAAGAAGGCAGCAGAUACAUGGUGUUUUUGUAAACUUCGUUAACUGGGGUAUGGCUAGUAAACUGCAAAGCUUAGCUUGGUCUGACUGCCUGCGGUGGCAGCAUGGUUGCAUUUUUAUCGCUUGUCACUAUGCCUAUCACUUUCGCACUUUUUAGGGGUCAUCCAUUAAUUACAUCAUACGAAUUUCUAGGUUUUUACCCCUCCCUCCUUGACACACUUGGUCACAUUUUGCAAACCACUACCCCCUGGUGUGAUGUCACAUAUUUGACAAAUUUGUUUUCAACGAAAUCGGCAAUAUAAAUAGGUAUUACAGUUUUAAUAAAAAAAUAUUUUUGUAAAGAAAUAUUAGUAAUUUUAUAAAACAAUACCAAUUAGGAAAGAAAAUUAAACGAUUUUCGUUCCAAAAACUCAUCAAUUAACUGUAAAA